CGUCUGGAAUGAACUCAGGCUGAAGGAAAGAAGGAUAGGAGUGACGGAAAGAAGAGAUAAAACCCACUGAAGAAGAAGAAGACGAAGAAGAGGAAGAAGAAGAAGAAGAAGAAGAACAAGAAGAAGAGGAAAAGAAGACGAAGAAGAAGAAGAAGACGAAGAAGAAGAAGAAGAAGAAGAAGAAGAAGAAGAAGACGAAGAAGAAGAAGAUCAGCACGAGAAGGUCAGAGGUCACUGACAUCAGACUGUGAUUGACAGCUGUCAAUCUGAUCUGAACCAACCAGAAAACAACUAUCAACAUGCAGGAGUGACAGACAGAUCCUCGGCCAAUGAUCGUGUCCAUCAGAGGACAAACAGGAAGUCUGAGCAUGCUGAACUUCCUGCUGGGUGUGUUCCUGAUUCAUCUGGAAGGAACCACCUGUCUGGAGCUGCUGCCUUCAUCCUCUGAAGUUCUGCUCAAUGCAAACGCCAGCUUCACAGUGGUGUGUUCAGGGUGGAGUCAGGUGAUAUGGCGGUUACCUCAGGACACUUUGGCGGACGGGGUUGUUGUGGAGAAUCAGGGAUCCAGUAGUGUCCUGCAGCUCUCUAACGUCACCUGGAGGAAUUCUGGGAGGUACACCUGUGAGGAAGUAUCAUCCCAUCAGAGCAGAGACAUCAACAUCUUCAUACCUGGUCGAGGUCCAGAGGAGUGGUUUGUCCCACUGGGCCCAGGUGUGGUCAUGAAGGAGGCAGAGGAAGAUACCAUCCCCUGCGUGGUGUCCGACCCGCGGCUCAACGUCUCGCUGUACGAACGUCCCGGCAGGACACGUAUAACCGGGACGACGUACGAGCCGGGCCGUGGCUUCACGGGUCGUCUCAAUGACACGUCAUACGUGUGCUCGGCCGCUCGCGGGGAUGAGGAGAGAGAGUCACAGGUUUACUACGUCUUCAGCAUCAUAGUUCCGAAGGUGAUGGAGGUGGAUCUGACGGUGUCCAGCAGUGUAUUGAAACAGGGAGAGGUUCUGACUGUAAACUGCACCGUCAAAGACACUGAGAUGGUUUUCUUCUCCUGGGACUUCCCCCGCAGACAGGAAAUUGAGCCUCUGACAGACUUUCUGCCCAAUCGGAUCCGCUCCUUUGUUAACAUCUCCACGGCAACGGUGGCAGAUUCUGGUGUAUAUGUGUGUGUGGUGCAGGAGACAAUGCAGGAACGAACUGUGACAAAAAACAUCACCGUGACAGUACUGGAUCGAGGUUAUGUCUACCUGUGGCCUUCAGGUGAGACCAACGUGUCGUCUCUCCUCCAUCAUACGGUAGAGUUUAGCGUGGAGGUCGAUGCCCACCCCCCCCCAACUGUCCACUGGACCAAAGACAACCAGACUGUUGCUACGGAAACCACCUCCAUCACCACCACACACCUGACAGGAAGCAGGUAUGUGAGCAUGCUGACGCUGGUUCGAGUCCAGAUGGAUCAGACAGGAAGUUACACGGUGACGGUUUCCAAUGAUGAUGACGUUGAGGAGGUCGUGUUCACCCUGGAGGUCAAAGCACCCCCCCGGAUAACGUCUCUGUCGGAGGUUGGGAGUAAGACAAUGUUGUGUGUCGGUGAGGGAGCGCCGGCCCCGUCCGUCACCUGGUACACCUGUCACAACUCACACGGGUGCACUAAUUUGACAGGUGGUUGGAGGAGCCUAUCAGCAGCCUCAGAGGGCGGGACUCUGCAAGAGAAUGUCACACAGGUGGAGGAGAGAGGUGUCACCCAGGUACGCAGUGUGUUGACUCUACAGAGUCUCAUCUCUCUGUCAGCUGUUCGCUGUGAAGCCAAAAACUCUGCAGGACGACGAGCCAGAGACCUGCGGAUACUGUCCAACUCUCUCCUGUCUCAGGUCGCGGUGUUGGCAGCAGUUCUGGUUCUGGUCAUCAUAGCCGUCAUCUUUCUCCUGAUCCUCAUCCUUCUCUGGAGAAAAAAACCUCGUUACGAAGUUCGCUGGAAGGUGAUCGAGUCGGUGAGUCCUGAUGGACAGCAGUACACCUACCUGGACCCCGCCCACCUGCCCUACAACUCAUCAUGGGAAGUACCACGAGACAACAUAGUACUCGGUCAGGUGUUGGGUUCAGGUGCGUUUGGUCGUGUGGUUGAGGCCACCGCCUCUGGUUUACUUCACUCUCAGUCUGCAACUAAAGUCGCCAUCAAGAUGGUCAAACCCAGCAGCGGUGCAGUUCAAUGUCUGAUGUCAGAACUGAAGGUUCUGGUCCACCUCGGUCCUCACCUGAAUGUCGUCAACCUGCUGGGAGCGUGCACGAGAGGAGGUCCUGUCUAUCUGAUCACUGAGUUCUGUUGUCAUGGAGACCUGGUGAACUACCUUCAAAGGAAUAAACACACCUUCUUACAAAGUGACACACACGCCAAGAGUGACAGUGAUGGAGGUUACAUGGACAUGAAUAAGGCAGAGAGCGUUCAGUACGUCGCCAUGAAGGAGCUCAGCUACGCUGACAUCGAACCUGCCGUGUACGAGACGGCGUGCACCCCCCCAGGCCAGCAGGAGGCGUCUCUCCUCCUCAGUGACUCCCCUCGCCUGACUCUCACAGACCUCCUCAGCUUUUCCUUCCAGGUCGCUCAGGCCAUGGACUUCCUCUCCACCAGAAACUGUGUGCACAGAGACCUGGCAGCGAGGAACGUCCUGGUCUGUGAGGGGAAGCUGGUGAAGGUCUGUGACUUUGGUUUGGCCAGAGAUCUGACGAAGGAUCAGGACUACAUCCCCAGAGGAAACAGUUUCCUGCCGGUGAAGUGGAUGGCUCCAGAGAGUAUUUUCCAGAACAUUUACAGCUGUCAGAGUGACGUUUGGUCCUAUGGAAUCUUAUUGUGGGAGAUUUUCUCUCUGGGUGGGAGCCCAUACCCCGACCUGCCCAUGACCCAGGAGUUUUACUCUGCUCUGAAGAGAGGCUACAGAAUGAGUCGACCUGACCACGCCCCCCACGACAUCUUUGAUCUGAUGAAAACGUGUUGGGAGGAAAAACCUGAGCGCAGACCUUCUUUCUCUUCAGUGGUCGUCUCGGUGGGCGGCAUGUUGACUGACGACCACAAAGAGUGUUACCUGAAGCUCACCGAGAACUUCCUGAAAGGUGAAAAUCCAGCAGUCGUUCGAUCCAGACUGAGUCCAUCCAGACCUGCUGAGGACCAGACGGAUGGACACGCGGACACAAACGGAAGUCCCGCCCCUCAGGUGAACGUUCACCUGGUGGAGUUGGAGCCAGAGGAGGCAGGCCCUUCCCAUGGCACUUACAUCAUCCCCGUCACUGACAUCACCAUAGAAACCAGCAGCGGUUCUGCGCUGGACGCAGUCAGCCCCAAGAUGUCAGAUUCUCAGGACGCAGCAGGAGGACAGGAAGUGACAUCAUCCGAGGACAGACAAGAAGCUCCUUCAUUCUGCAGACGUGAGGAAGAGGAGGAGAGCUGCAUGUGAAGAGCCCAGCUGCCUUCCAGGCCGGUGAGGCGCUUCUGCCUCGCCUCCACCAGCGGGGCCAUUCGUUGAUGAGCUCAUCAGGCCGCAGCGGGUUAUUUCCCCCACAGUCGGACUGGUAGGCUGCAGAGGAAAUCUAUUUUCUUUCAGAUAUUUGUGAUGUCACGUUUGACUCCUCUAAUGAGAAGAACAGCGUAGAGUUCAUAGAAAACUGUGCAGCAGGUCCUGAAUCAGGUUUACACAUUUAUAUUAUUCAGCUUCAUAUUGUUUAUUAGCUCUGAUCAUUCUGAGGGCAUUAUAUCUGUUUUAUAUCUGUGUUAUAUCUGUGUUAUAUCUGUAUUAUAUCUGUUUUAUUCUGUAUUAUAUCUGUUUUAUUCUGUAUUCUUCUGCUUUAUGUUUUUCAAACUGCUCGGAUUUAUGUCACUUUUCACACACCAGGAAUUUGCCUCGAUGUUGUGGGGCAUAACAAUAAAAAUAUAAAGUCACAAAUGUCAAGAAGCGUAUCAGUAAAACAUGAACACUGCUCUUACUGGACCUUGUUCCUGAGGCUGCCUGCACACAAGGACUUUGCAGCCUCCUGCCAGAGGGGAGUGACUCAGGGGGGUCGACCACAAUGUUUCCUGCUU